AUGCUGAUCAACGAGUCCCACAAAGAUGUUAAGACCCAAGCAGGAGGCGACAUGCUUACUGGCCCCGUAGCACGCUUUGCCCGCCAAAUCGCCGGGCAUGGCUACAUCGUCGCCGCCCCUUCUUCAUACCACGAGUUCACCGGCCCCGAACCGCUCGCGUACGACGGACCUGGCACCGACAGUGGCAACGCCUGGAAAGUCGAGAAGAAGCUCUCCGCCUACGAUGAAGACGCAACCCUCAGCAUCGACAUGCUCAUGAAUCUCGAGACCUGUAACGGCCGCAUUGGAGCCACUGGGAUGUGUCUGGGCGGUCACCUUGCAUACCGCUGUGCUCUCGACCCUCGCGUUCGUGCUGCUGUCUGCUACUUCGCUACCGACAUUCACUCGCACUCUCUGGGCGCUGGCAAGAACGACGACAGCCUCGCCCGUGCUAAAGAUAUCAAGGGCGAGCUGGUGAUGAUCUUUGGCAAGCGAGACAACCAUGUACCACCAGAAGGCAGAGACUUGAUCCGCAAGACGCUCCACGAUGUCGGAGUGACCUUCUCCUUCUACGAAGUGGCCUGGGCGCAGCAUGCGUUCAUCAGAGACGAGUUGAGCAAGGGAAGGUACGAUCCGGCCAUUGCGGGGAUUUGCUUCGAGAUGUUGCUGGAGUUGUUCGGCAGGACGUUGAGCAGCAACUUGGGACCACGGGAGGGCGGUGAUGGGGAGGUAGAGGAUGUCUGCUAA